AGAGAAAGCAAACAGCUUGACACCAAAAUUAAUAAAGAAAACCAAAAAUCAGUGGCGGAGAAGAAGACUAUUCCCUUGUAAUAUUUAUCCCCACCUUUCUCUCCAGCUUUAUCCCUUAAACCCUCUUGCUCUCUCUCUCUACAACUUCCCCUGCCUCGCGCCUCUCUCUCUCUCUUCCCCUUGGGUUUAAGGGUUUCCGUAAUGGGGACGCCGUUUCACAUUCCGGUCACUGCUGCUCAGGUGGGAACGUACUUUGUUGGGCAAUAUUAUCAGGUUCUUCAGCAGCAACCCGACUACGUGCACCAGUUCUAUUCAGAUGCGAGUACUAUGCUUCGUGUUGAUGGCAAUUUCAGAGAGACCGCCACUGCAAUGCUGCAAAUACAUGCACUUGUUAUGUCACUUAGUUAUACCGGGAUUGAGAUCAAGACAGCACAUUCAUCAGAAUCAUGGAAUGGUGGUGUUCUUGUGAUGGUUUCUGGCUCCGUCCAAAUGAAGAAUUUCAAUCGAAUGAGAACUUUUGUGCAAACUUUUUUUCUUGCACCCCAAGAGAAAGGCUAUUUUGUUCUGAAUGAUAUCUUUCACUUUGUUGAUGAGGAGCCAGUGCACCAUUAUCCAGCAGUCUUGUUAACUCAGAGCAAUCUUGAUUCCACCUUAAGUGCUCCUACCACAGUUCCAGAGACAGUGUCCAAUUACUCACUCAAUGGAGAAGUCCAGGCGCGAGAGUUUGCAGCCCCUGCUGUCAAAGAAAAUGGUCACAUUGAUAACCAUAAGUUUGUAGAGCAGAAACUGCAGCAAGUUCCAGAGUCGAAAACCAUUCUUGAGGAAAAUACAGCAGAUGUAAAUUCUAUGCAUCAGAAUGCAUCGACUGUUUUCCAGGAUCAUUUGCCUGUUUCUGUUGAAGAACAUGCUGAGGAGCCUCAAAAGCACACUUAUGCAUCAAUUCUAAGAGUUGCUAAAGGACAAGAUACUCCCAUUGCUGCUCCUCAAUAUCCUGUUAGUAAGAGCACGCCACCUGCUUCAGAGCAAAACCACACUUCACCUCUCACCAGUCAGCAGUUAACUACACCAACCCCAAAUAACUCUGAAAGGGAACAGACAGGAGGGGAGUUCCCGUCUAUUGACGAAGAUGGUGAAAUAAAGUCGGUUUAUGUUAGAAACUUGCCAUCAACUGUGUCUGCUUCAGAAGUUGAGGAGGAAUUCAAGCAUUUUGGCAAACUCAGUUCUGAUGGGGUGGUUAUUAGGAGUCGCAAGGAUGUUGGUUUUUGCUAUGCGUUUGUCGAAUUUGAAGACAUCACUGGUGUCCAAAAUGCAAUCAAGGCGGGUACUGCUCAGGUUGCCGGGCGUCAAGUAUACAUUGAAGAGCGAAGAGCAAACAGCAACAUCCCACAUCGAGGGGGAAGAAGGGGUAGAGGAAGAGGUAGCUACCACACAGAGUCUUCUCGGGGCCAUUUUAGCUCUCGGAAUUACAGUAUGGGAGUUCGAGAAGGAAGCGACCGUGAGUUUAUCAGACCGAGGGGCAAUGGCUUCUAUCGACCUACCACUCGACAGGAGAAAGGAAACCUUAACCUCCAAUUAUCAAGAAAUGGAGAAAGUCUUUCAGAGUCAUCAUAGCUCGUUUAGCAAAGCAAAAGUUUUGGUUCUAGCAUCAUCAGCGAGGCACACUCACCUUACUUUGAAGAAUAAUUUGAGUCAGUUUAAGCCAUUUGUCUAUGGGAAUAUGAAUUGCAUUAUUUUUUUUCCAUUGGGUUUCUUGAUUCAAGAACAUUUCAUGAAACUCACUGUUUUGCCUGUAGUGCGCUCAAUUGAUAUUCAUUGUUAUAAGCACACUGUUUUAGAUAUAA